GACGCAAAGUUACACUGAAAUCAUUUAAAAGGACAAAACGAUUGUGUUUUGAAAGCUAUUUUCAUGAUCUCGCACAUCACGAGAAAUCUCGCGGAACGGAAGUGGGUCGAAGGCCUCAGACUAGAGUUAUGUGGCUUUACGAAGAGUAACUUUUUAGGGUAUGUUUUAGAAUAAAGUAAACCAAGAUGAUAGGUGGGUUGUUUGUUUACAACCACAAGGGGGAGGUUUUAAUCUCUCGUGUCUUUAGAGAUGAUAUUGGUCGAAAUGCUGUGGAUGCAUUUCGUGUUAGUGUAAUUCAUGCAAGACAGCAGGUCCGCUCACCAGUUACUAACAUCGCCAGAACAAGUUUCUUCCACAUCAAGCGGGGAAACAUCUGGUUGGCAGCAGUUACGAAACAGAAUGUCAAUGCAUCAAUGGUCUUUGAAUUCCUGCUAAAGAUGGUCGAAGUAAUGCAGUCGUAUUUUGGAAAAAUUACGGAAGAAAACAUCAAGAACAAUUUUGUCCUUAUCUAUGAAUUAUUAGAUGAAAUUCUGGACUAUGGCUACCCACAAAAUACGGACACCGGUAUCUUAAAGACCUUCAUUACUCAGACUGGCAUUAAGUCGAACACAAAGGAAGAACAACAACAGAUUACUAGUCAGGUGACCGGUCAAAUCGGCUGGAGGAGAGAGGGCAUCAAGUACAGGCGCAAUGAACUGUUCCUGGAUGUACUGGAGAAUGUAAACCUUCUCAUGUCACCACAGGGUCAAGUUCUCAGCUGCCAUGUUGCUGGUAGAGUCGUUAUGAAAAGUUACCUAAGUGGAAUGCCGGAGUGUAAAUUUGGAAUGAAUGAUAAGAUCACCCUUGAUAAACAAGGCAAAGAUACAGAGAAGAGAAGAACUGGUGCUGGUAAGAGUUCGAUUGCUAUCGAUGAUUGUACCUUCCACCAGUGCGUGAAGCUUAGUAAGUUUGAGUCGGAGCGAAGUAUCAGCUUCAUACCACCUGAUGGCGAAUUUGAACUGAUGAAGUACCGUACCACGAAGGACAUAAGUUUGCCAUUUAGAGUAAUUCCAUUGGUCCGUGAAGUAUCACGUACCAAAAUGGAAGUGAAGGUGGUUCUCAAAUCGAACUUUAAGCCAUCAGUUUUAGGACAAAAAAUUGAGGUUCGUAUCCCGACACCCUUGAAUACCAGUGGAGUACAAGUAGUCUGUAUGAAGGGAAAAGCCAAGUAUAAAUCAAGCGAGAAUGCAAUUGUUUGGAAGAUCAAGCGUAUGGGUGGUAUGAAAGAAUCACAAAUCAGCGCUGAGAUUGAACUGCUACCAACAAACGACAAGAAGAAGUGGUCUCGUCCGCCAAUCUCCAUGAACUUUGAGGUUCCCUUUGCUGCAUCUGGACUGAAGGUUCGUUAUCUAAAGGUCUUUGAAUCGAAACUCAACUACAGCGAUCAUGAUGUUAUCAAAUGGGUCAGAUACAUCAGUAGAAGCGGGCUGUACGAGACCAGGUCGUAAGUCAUAGCAUCUUGGAGUAUGAUGACCGCUUGUUGACAAAUGAGCAUGAAUUGAGCUGACCAUAUGCUUAUUGAACAAGAAUAAGACCAUGUGUGCAGUGUACACGUAAAACCACAUGCUUUAGCCGCAUGCAUGUAUGUCUUAACUUCCAAGUGCUGGUGCAUUCCAUUCAUUAAAGUGUAUUGUGCUAGUAAAAAAUUAUUUUAAGUUGUAAAAUUAUCCUUUUUUAGACUUAUACCAUGCCCUUAUGACUUUAUAUGGAAUAUUUUUGUGGGAUUUACGUUCAUCUCUGUGAUUGUCAUUAACUCCUAAAGGCUCAACAUUGUAUGGGUUCAACAUUGAUUGGGAUUAAGAUGGCAAAUCCAUAUCUGUAAAACAUAUUUUACUGGAGUUCUUUCAUAUUCUCAGUCUGGUUUCAGAAGACCUAGUAAUAGCUCUUGUUACCAUACCAUUAAAAUAUGGUACUGUACAUUAAAACUCAAUUAUAAGAUUAUGUUAAAAAAAGUAUAGAAUAAGCAUGCCAUUGUUUUGUGAAUCAAUAUCUUGACUUUAUGUUCAUGUUUAGGAAUAAAAUCAGAUAUUUUAAUUUACAUUAUUUUGUUUUAAAAUCUCAUUAAACUAUAGUACUGUACUACUAUAUAAGUUUCAGUUAUAUGAAGCACAUAAGAUAAUUAUAAUGUAGUUAUAUAGCUGUGCAGGUUGUGUAUGGUUAUUGUGUAGUAGGCUUUUCUGCAUAUUUUCUCAAGGAGCCUGAAGUUUACGAGUUCAGUGCAGUCAAAUAUGUCAUUUUGGCAUUCUACAAGUUGUAUGUCUUGUUCUAUAUGUAGCCUAGUAGGAUUAGUAUUAUAAUGCUGUCUCCUAGCUGUAUUCAACAUGUUUAAUACCAUCUGCUCUUUUAAAAUAUUCCUUCCCAGCACAUGGUUUAUUAACUACUUGGUACUUACAAGACAAGUAUUGUAGGUAAUUCCCCUGAAUUAUCCAAUCAGAAGCCAUUAUUUUUGCAGUCUAUAUGCAACCACAAUAAUAAUAAUAAUAAUAAUAAUAAUAAUAAUAAUAAUAAUAAUGUUACCCCAUUGUUGGCAUGUUUGAGUGCUGAGGAACCAUUUUCGUAUACACUGUAUGUUCAUUCAAAAUAAUACGUAGGUCAAAGAAAUACUAUGUGUAAUAAAUCUGGUUUAACAACCAUUGGUUAUGGUUAACCAUUGUGUUUUUUUAAUGGAAGCAUUUCAAAUUUAGAAAUUUUCUUUGGAAAAGAAUAAAUGCAAUGGAAAUAUAGAUAUAAAUUCUUUAUGCAUAUUCAAAGUAGAGAUUGGCAUUUUUCUAACAACAAAUCGUCCCAAAAAUUUGAUAUAUAUUUGAUACCCUUGUAUUGUACUUUAGUAUUAUGCACAUUAUUUUAAUCGUAGUUUAAUUAUUAGCAACACCAUUUAACAUGUAACACUGAAUGUUUUAUUUAGUCUUAAAUGCCAUUAUAUUAUCUCCAUUACUGGCACGCUCUCAGCCUGAGAGAUAGGGUCACCCCUGAUAAUUUGUGCGACUAUGCUCAAAAGAGAUUGGUUUAAAGAAAUUACAGUAGUGCGCUAGAAACAACCAGUGCCAAAAAAGAAACAGUACUGAUCCGAGUCCUGUUGUCUGUUGUUAAUUCUUACAAUCUAAGGGGUCUAUUGACUAUUAAUGAUUUCAGAUAACUGUAGUACAAUUAUGGUAGACUCGACCACUGUACAGCAGACAUUCAACCACUAUUCUGUUGCUUGUAGGACAUUUUCUGCAAAUUCCUGUUUGUCCUCGUGCUGGUAUCAUGCAUAGUAAUUGAAGAUAUGUUGUCUCCAGCAAUGCUUUAAGUUCUGGCCACACUAUAAGCUGUGUAACAAACCUGAUGUGCCAAAUAUGUGGGCUUGAGGACAGCACAUGAGCAAACCACUGUUUACAUGUCUAGCUAAAUUAUCACUAUCUGAAAAUGUAUUGAAUAAUAAAGAUAAUAAUAGAAUUGAAUAGA